AUGCUCGACAAAAUAGAAGGGUUGGAGGUCAAUUCGACAAAGAGUCCUCUAUUUGUAAUGAAGAAGCUAGUGCAACAAAGGUCAAACAUGGGAGUUUCAACCAGAGAGAGGGAAGUUCUGCAAUUAAGAAAGCAGAUCUGUGAACCUUAUAUGGGGAAAGACCAUGUGGGAUGGCCAAGUUACUUUGAUUUGCAGAAUACAAGUGAAGAUGUGAGGAUUAAGUUGGCCAAGUUGAGUAUGAAGAAUCAAAUGGCAACAUUUAGAAGAGCUGUCAUUGCAAGGUUUGUUAGAACAAAGGUAAAAUCCGUGUGA